GUGCGGUAUCAUCCAAAGAAAAACAUAGAUUCAUUCAAAUCAUACAUGGUUUGAUUAUUAUCCAUAGAAAAAAUGAAUUAAUUUCUAUUUCUUUCUUGUAUAAAUGAUCUAUAUCUUUAUUGUAUAUGUAUAAAUGUUCAAUUUCAAUGUAAUAUUGGAUAUAUUUUGUUUAAUUAGAAGUUCUAUGUAAAUCAUUGUCAAUAAUGAAAGAUUUUGAAUUAGAUAAAUAUUCAAAUGCAUUAGUAUCCCAUCGUAAAUCAUUAAUAAAAUCAGAUUAUAAAACGACUACACAUUGUAAUAAUGAAAAACGUUUAAAUUAUCCAUUUACAGAUUUUGAACAUUGGGAUAAAUUCUCGAAAACAGGUAAUAGUAGUAAUAGUAAUAAUAAUAAUAAUAAUAACAAUAAUAAUGGAGAUUCUAAAUCAUUAUCCCAUAUUAAAUUACCAGAACGACAUGUAUUCACUGCAUCCACAGCAUCAUUAAUUGUACAUGUACCUAGUCUAUCUUAUGUAAGUGAAGAUAUAGAUGAUGAUUUAUCAGAUCAUGAAAUUUCUAAAUUAAAUCUAAAUCUAAAUAAUAAUAAUAAUAAUAAAAACCAUAAUCGAAUUUGUCCAAUAUGUAAUACCAUUUAUAUAGAUUUACAACAACAGUUUGACGAUUUUCAUUUAAAACGAUUCUUUAGUUUAUCCAGUAUGAAUGUAAAUAUGGACGGUACUACUACUACUACCACUAAUAAUAAUAAUAAUAAUUAUGAUAAUAGUAGUAUAACUAUACCAAGACUAUGGGAUAUACUUGAUAUAUUUUCAACUAAUUCAUCUAAAAAUUUUUGUCCAUUUCAUAAAAGUUUAAGUCUACAUUACAGUACAUUUUCAUCUACUACUCAUAAUAAUAAUAUCAGUUCAACUUUAACCAACUCACUUAGUCUACCAUGUUUAUCUAAUUUUGAUGAACAAUUAACAAUGAUAUCAACAAGAUCUAAUGAAAAUACCAUUUUACAUAGUAACAAUAAUAAUAAUAAUGUAAUAUACAAUAGAAAUAUUAAUAAUACUCCAUCAAUUUCAAUAGAAUAUGCUGAUAAUAUCUCUAUUACUACAAAUAAUUCACAAGAACAAAUAAUCAAUAAUCAAUUAUCUGGUGAAACUAAAAGUAAGUGUGAAUUAUGGUUGAAAACAUGUUAA